GUUUACUAGUGUUUAGCUAUUGUAGCUAUAGAGAAUUGUAUUUAUGAGAAAAUAUUCAAAGUUUGAUCAAUCAAGGCCACGCUUGUAAAGGCCCACACUUCCUUUAGUCCGCCGCUCCUUCUAUAUCUAAUCUUUUAUCAUCUCCUUCUCCAUUUUCUGCUUGAUUUUUCUAAUUUAACAUAUAGUUUUUAAACCCAAAAUUCUUCUUCUUUGAACUCUCUCUGUUUCUGGCACCAAAUCUCUCUUUGAACCCAAGGUUUUUUUUAAAACUAAGUUGGUGACACUUAAUAGUAGUUUCCACUCAAAGGGGUUGUUAAAGAUUUAGAUUCUUGAAUUCACUCUUAAGCUUUGUUUCUGUUUUCUUUAGUGUUUAUCUUUCUACCUUCACUUCUAAAAAAGACAACUUUAUCUUUUUCCAGCUUUUCUUUGUUUGUUUUCAUCUGUUAUUAAAAUCCACCGACUUGGGUUUAUCUUUUGAACCUUUUGCUUUCUAGGUAUUUUUUCUUUUUGUUGAUUCUUGAAGUUCUUGGAAACUGUUUCUUCAGAUGGGUUCUUUCAGUUCUGGGGUUUUGUAGAAACGUAUAGUGUGUUCUAGUGGUGAGGAAUUAUUUGGGGAAAAAAGAUGAGAACUUGUGUUUUAUUGCAAGUUUUAGUUACUGUUGGACUGUCUCUUGGGAUCUGUGAUGCUUUUCCAUCAAAUGAAGUUUAUGCUCUCAAUACAUUCAAGGAAGCUAUAUAUGAAGACCCUCUUCUGGUUUUGUCAAAUUGGAAUGGUUUAGAUUCAGACCCUUGUGGUUGGGCUGGAAUCUUUUGUUCUAUGGCUGAAGAUCAUGUCAUAAAAAUUAAUAUUUCUGGCGCUUCGUUGAAGGGUUUUCUUUCACCCAAUUUGCAUCUACUCUCCUCUUUGCAAGAACUAAUUUUGCAUGGAAAUGUACUGAUUGGUACAAUUCCUAAGGAGAUUGGCCUAUUGAAAAACCUGAAGGCCUUGGAUUUGGGUGCUAACCAGCUAACAGGACCAAUUCCUCCCGAGCUUGGAAAUUUGACAAACAUUAUGAAAAUAAACCUACAAUCUAACGGAUUAACAGGGAAAUUGCCUGCUGAGCUUGGUAAUUUGAAAUACCUUGAGGAACUUCGGUUGGACAGGAACAAACUCCAAGGGCUAGUGCCUGCUAAUAAUGGAUCAGAUUUUACAUCCGGUGUACAUGGAAUGUAUGCCACUGGUGCCAGCGCUACAGGUUUUUGUCGCACAUCCCAGCUCAAAGUGGCUGAUUUCUCAUUCAACUUUCUUAUUGGAAGCAUUCCAAAGUGUUUGGGUUACCUUCCAAAAUCUAGCUUUCAAGGAAACUGCCUUCAACACAAAGAUCCGAAGCAGCGCUCUGCUUCUCUAUGUGGUGGCACUCCGCCUCCCACUAGCCAUGCAUCAACAUUCAAUAAUAAGCACCAGCCUGUUGAUGAACCGAGACAUCAGGCUUCUUCCAAGCCCACUUGGCUUUUGGCUUUAGAAGUGGUAACAGGAGUUAUGGUGGGUUCUCUUUUCAUUGUAGGUCUUGUGACUGGCCUUCAGAAGCUUAAGAACAAAUCCUCCAUUAUACCUUGGAAGAAAUCGGGAAGUGAGAAAGAUAAUAUGACGAUUUAUGUUGAUACUGGUAUGCUGAAAGAUGUCGUAAGAUACAGCAGACAAGAACUUGAGGUAGCUUGUGAAGAUUUCAGCAACAUCAUUGGAUCAUCACCAGAUAGCGUAGUUUACAAAGGAACCAUGAAAGGUGGACCUGAAAUCGCUGUAAUAUCUCUUUGCGUCAAAGAAGAGCACUGGACAGCCUAUCUAGAACUUUAUUUUCAGAAAGAGGUGGCAGAAUUGUCCAGAAUAAAUCACGAGAACACUGGGAAACUUCUAGGCUAUUGCAGAGAGAGUAGUCCCUUUACGAGGAUGUUGGUGUUUGAAUAUGCAUCUAAUGGAACAUUAUAUGAACACCUUCAUUAUGGAGAAGGAUGCCAACUAUCUUGGACACGCCGGAUGAAAAUAGUUAUUGGCAUUGCCAAGGGACUGGCAUAUUUCCAUUCAGAACUUGACCCCCCAUUUACUAUAUCAGAACUGAAUUCAAAUUCUGUAUAUCUCACAGAAGAUUUUUCUCCCAAGCUUGUUGAUUUCGAAAGUUGGAAGUCAAUAAUUUCCAGAUCAGAAAAGAAUUCGGGUGCUAUCAGUAGUGAAGGAGCAAUAUGUGUCCUUCCAAAUACUCUAGAGAGCCGUCAUCUUGAUGUCCAGGGUAACAUUUAUGCAUUUGGAGUACUGCUACUGGAAAUAAUCAGUGGGAGACCUCCAUAUUGCAAAGACAAAGGGUGCUUAGUAGAUUGGGUAAGCAUUUCUUUUCAUGUGAAAAUUUCCGACUGUGAAAUGACUUUCCCGGUGCAGGACCUGAAUUCGACCUUUUACGUGCAGGCUAAGGAAUUUCUUGAAAUGCCGGAGGUAUUAUCAUACGUUGUGGACCCCGAAUUGAAACAUUUCAAACAGGAAGAUCUCAAAGUGAUUUGUGAGGUGAUCAACCUUUGCAUCCACCCGACUACGAGUAGGAGGGCUUCCAUGAAGGACUUGUGUGCUAUUCUGGAGAGCAACAUUGACACUUCCAUCACUGCAGAGCUCAAGGCGUCUUCUUUGGCGUGGGCCGAGCUUGCACUUUCAUCCUAACUGACAAAGGCUAACAGUAUAUAUAUCCGAAAUAUGUAAUUGUCUAGCGCGUUCUCCUUUUUCUUUUUUGACCUCUCGAUUUCGUUCCCAAUGUGUUCAGGAGUGAUGGUUGAGUUCAUGUAAAUUUUGAGUCUCUAGGAUAAAAUUAGAGUUGAAGAGAUGCUACUGUUGAUUCUUUGUAAACAACUGGUUCUUAUUAAAAUGAAUUGAGUGUUCAUAGUGAA